AGCAGGCAGUCGGAUAACGGACACCGAACCGAAACCGACGCACACCUCGAGGACGCGUCGCCUCCUCCGCGUAAACGCCGCUGAAGAGCUAUUUUGUUGUUGUUUUGGGUUGGGAGCUUGACGUCGUUUUUUGGACCCAGAACCGAGACCCCACCGGGGGGAGGGCGGGAUUGUAUAACGGACUAGUCGGGACGCCGAGCAGGAGCAAGAACAAAAUAACUUUUUUUCUUUUUUAAUACCUCCUUCUUGGUCUCGCGCGCGCGCGCGCCAGGGAAAAAUGGGACCAAGAACCAACAGAAGCGUCUUAAGUUCUGCGGUUGUGGAGCUCUGCUGACGCGGCGGCUCGGCUCGGCUCGCGGGCUAAUGACACGCGGGGCUGAGGUCCUCCUGCGCGGCUCUUCGCUAUAAGCUCUCCGACGGAGGGGCGGACGGAGCUGUUGCGCGUCCUCUCCGAUCUCAACGCACCGCGCUCGCGAAAGCGAAGUUUGCGCGAUCCAACCGCUGAGCGCUAAAUCCUGGCGAAUUAGUAAUAAGCGGAUCAUCUGUCGGGAACAUGGAUCUAACCGGAGUGCUGCGCGUCUUCCGGCGGUCGUGAUGCCAAGCGCCGGUCGGAUCCCGCUCCGCCGCCGCCGCCUGCUGCUGCCCGCGAUGCCCGCUCUCUAACCUCGCAUCAGGCGCGGCGCCGCGUCCCUCCUCACCCGCCCGCCCACCCCCUCCGCGCGGGUCAGGAUGAGCAGCACGGACCUGGAGCGCAUGUCGCUCAGCUCCUCGGCGAACUCGGUGGCGUCCAGCGCGCGGACGCUGUCGGCCAACGUGCGCAAGCUGCACAACGCGCUCAACCUGCUGCUCAACGACUUCGAGAGGGAGCAGUUCAUCCACUGCCUCAACGUGUACCACUCCAAGCGCAACGUGUACGACCUGGUGCAGACCCUCAACGUCAUCCUCAACGCGCCCAGCAAGCGGCAACUUCUGCCCAUGCUGCGGCUGGUCAUCCCGCGCUCCGACCAGCUGCUCUUCGAGCAGUAUACCUCGGAGGGCCUCUACUUGAAAUCGGAUUUAGGCGCGACGAGCAACGGCGACGCCGAGCCGCCCCCGGGCGACUUGCCCGGCGCCGGUCCCGCCGCUCCUCCCCCGGGGCGUUUUUCGCCGAGCAAGCCGCCCGAGCACCAGGUGGCGUUGCGCGGCUCGCCGGACAGCUUCAGCACCAGCAGCGACGGGACGGCUCCCCUGGUGCCGCUGCUCGGCAGGAACUUCGUCCACGAGCCGCCGGGCGAGAUGCGCCAGGUCACCAUGAAGCGGCACAAGAGCAACGAGGGCCUGGGCUUCAGCAUCCGGGGCGGCUCGGAGCACGGGGUCGGCAUCUACGUGUCCCUGGUGGAGCCCGGCAGCCUGGCGGAGAAAGAGGGUCUCCGGAUCGGGGACCAGAUCAUGAAAGUCAACGACCGAGUGUUCGACAAAGUCACUCACGCCGAAGCAGUGAAGGUGCUGAAGGGCAGUAAAAAGCUCGGCCUCACGGUACGUUCCGUCGGGCGGAUUCCGGGCGGCUACAUCACCAACCACGUCUACACGUGGGUGGACCCUCAGGGGCGCGGCGUGUCUCCGCCCCCCGACCUGCCGGAGCACCGCAGCGCCACCUUGAGGAGGAGCGACAGCCAGCGGCGCAGCAACAUGCAGCUGCUGCAGGACGGAGACGAGAAGAAGGUCAACUUGGUUCUGGAUGACGGGCGCUCCCUGGGCCUCAUGAUAAGGGGCGGAGCCGAGUACGCUCUGGGGAUUUACAUCACCGGAGUGGACCAGGGGUCAGCGGCCGAGUGCGGAGGACUCAAGCGUCCGCCCUUACCGCCGUGCUCAGCCCCCGCCGCCCUGCCUCUGUGUUUCCUCGCCGCCCCGCAGGUGGGGGACCAGAUCCUGGAGGUGAACGGCUGCAGCUUCGCGAGCGUCCCGCACGACGAGGCCGUCGGGGUCCUGAAGUCGUCGCAGCACCUGAUGAUGACGGUGAAGGACGUGGGCCGCCUGCCGCACGCCCGGACGGUGGUGGGCGAGACCAAGUGGAUCGCCAGCUCGCAGAUCGGGGGCGGCUCCGCCGACAGCAGCGUGGCGAGCUUCUCGAUGGACAGAGGAGCCUCCGCAGCAGGAAAGCCGGGGUUCUACAGAGGCGUGGCGGGCUCUCAGGUGACCCUGUCCAGCCUGGUCAACCAAUCGCGCGCCAUGCUGGAGGAGCAAGGGCGCCACUUGCUGACGGAGGCCGAGCGCCAGACCAUGGGCUACUACGUGGAUGAGUACCGCGACGGGCACGUCGGCGUGGAGCAGCUGGUGGUGGCGCUGUUCGAGCUGCUCAACACGCACGCAAAGUUCUCCCUGCUGUCCGAGGUGCGCGGCCUGGUCACCCCACAGGACCUGGAGCACUUUGACGCGCUGGUGCUGAGGCGGGAGAUCCAGGCUCUGAAGGCUCGCCAGGGGGCGGCGGGCGGGGGCGGGGCCGGGGCGCUCCACCCGCCGGACUCCAUGUCCGUGGCGUCGUACCCGGACACGCUGACCUCGUCGACGGCCAGCUUCAUGACCAACACCACCCUCAGCUCCGCGCGGAACGACGGCGUGGUGGACAGUAAUGACUGGGGUCCUUCGGAGGGUCUGAGCGCGCUGCUGACCGACGUCUCUCUGGACGACGUUCAGUCCCCCCCCUCCUUCAAGCCUCCGCCCCCACCGGGGGGGGUGCAGAGGCGCCCGACUAGACGAGAGCAGGUCAACAAGUGCCCCUCGUCCGAGUCCUCGCACUCGGGCCUGUACUUCACGGCCCCGGCCUCUCGGGGCCGCGGCAAGGCGCCGGGACACGCCCCCAGGGAGCCGUCUCGGGAGCAAGCGGUCGCCAGAAAGCGAGACCCCCCCCAGAGAGACCCCCCGGUGCCUCCGAAGAGAGACCAGACAACGGCCGCUCAGUUGUCGUCGGUCUCGCAGCAUCACAUCGGCCCUUUCCCCAGGGUGCGGUCCCCGAAAGCCGUCGCCGCCCCGUCCCCUUCGCCUCCGCCUCCGCUCCCUGCUCCUCCCCCUCCGCCCCCUUCCCUCCCUCUUAACACAGUCUCCAUCUCCAAAGCCCCCCUCGCCUCUCCUGGCUCUAAACAGCAGUUUGUCACGGUGGAGGUUCACAGGCCCAACGCGGAGCCCGACUUCAACGAGGUGCGGCCGCUGCCCCAAACCCGAGGUGGCGCCCUGUCUCAGCUGUCAGACAGCGGCCAGACCCUCAGUGAGGACUGCGGGGUGGACAUAGCCGAGUCAGGAUACAUCAGCAAAGACAGCAGCAGCCCCCAUUCCUCACGCACACGCCUCCCCCGAGACCCCCUGGGGGGCGGCGGGGGAAACCCCUCCAAACCGCCGGGGCUGUUGGAGCCCACCUCCACACUCGUGAGGGUGGCAAAAAGUGCCAGCACUCUGGGUAUCGCCAUUGAAGGCGGAGCCAACACCCGCCAGCCGCUGCCACGGAUCGUCACGAUACAGAGGGGGGGCUCGGCUCACAACUGCGGGCAGCUGAAGGUCGGCCAGGUGAUCCUGGAGGUCAACGGGGUUUCCAUGAGGAGCCGUGAGCACAGGGACGCCGCGCGCCUCAUCGCCGAGGCCUUCAAGACCACAGAGAGGGACCACGUGGACUUCCUGGUGACCGACUUCAACGUGGCGCUAUAGCCGGGUCGGGUGGAGGAGAGAGGCGUUCGAGGACCACGAGGGAAGAGGAAACGGGAGACGUCUGUUGUUAUAAACGGCACAACUCUUUUCAACGGACGCAAAGACGAACCACCGACUGCUCACAGAAACAUGACGGUUCUUCAGAGGGACGCCGUAGAAGAACCGAUGUUGGUUCUACAAAGAACCUUUCAGACCAGGGUUCUUUAAAGAACCAUUACUUGAAAGGGUUCUUCAAAUAACCUAUUAAGGUGUCUCCAAGAUCCUUCAAAAAAUGGUUCUUUAAAGAACCGUUUCCUUAAAUAGGUCUUCAAAGAACCGUCAAGAAAUGGUUCUUUAUGUCACAAUUUCUGGUUCUACAAGGAACCUUUCAAACCAGGGUUCAUUAAAGAACCAUUUCCUUAAAGAGUUAUUUAAAGAACCUUUAAAAUGGUUCUUAAAGGCACCAUUUAUGGUUCCACAAAGAACCUUUAAAACCAGGGUUCUUUAAAGAAACCAUUUCCUUAAAUAGUUCUUAAAAGAACAUAUAAAGAACCUUCAAAAAAUGGUUCUUUAAGUCACAAUUUCCGGUUCCACAAUAGUUCUUCAAAGAACCCAUAAAGGUGUCUCAAAGAACCUUCAAAACAUGGUUAUUAAGGCACCAUUUAUGGUUCAACAAAGAACCUUUAAAACCAGGGUUCUUUAAAGAAACCAUUUCCUUAAAUAGUUCAUAAAAGAACAUAUAAAGAACCUUCAAAAAAUUGUUCUUUAAGUCACAAUUUCUGGUUCCACAAUAGUUCUUCAAAGAACCCAUAAAUGUGUCUCAAAGAACCUUCAAAACAUGGUUAUUAAGGCACUAUUUAUGGUUCCACCAAGAACCUUUAAAACCAGGGUUCUUUAAAGAACAAUUUCCUUAAACAGUUCUUCAAAGAACUUAUCAAUGUUCCUCAAACUGAAGAAUGGAUCUUCAGCAGGUGAUGGUUCUUCGUAGAACCACAACGCCUCUUAAAGAACCAUUUAAGAACCCUUAUUGUUCUGUGUGUGAUCUCCGAGCCCUUCUAGAACGCCACCCCCUGAUUCUGGAUCCCCCCCCCCCCCCCCCUGUGACACCGUAUGCACUAGAGACGUGCGCCUGGUCCUCUGAUCCCUCCGGACAGGAAGUCCUCGUGUCACGAAGGCGUCCCAUUGGUCCGUCACGUCUUAUUUAUCUUUUUUUUGUUGCUUCGAGAGACUUUAUCCGCGCUCGACUUUACGAGCUUUUGGAUUUGAAAACAAUUGUACAAAUGAACAAAUGUAGAUACAGAUGCAUAUAUACUGUUCACAUAAAGAUAGUCCUAUAUGAUCUAUAUAAAAAAUAAAAAAUAAAAUCUUG